AUGCCAUCUGAACUGCCUUCGGGAUCGAAACGGCCAGCGCCGUUGGUGGUGCUAUCUGGUGCACUCGUCUCCCAUAUCCACACGGUACUCGGCUUUCUUGCCUUCUUUGGCGCCCUUGUCACCGCACUCUCGCUUCACUACCAAAAAGUGGUCAAGAAUCAUGUCGCUCAGUAUCCUCAAGAAUGGUGGCCAUCCGUGUCGGCAACCAUCGGUGACUGGUACCCCGAACGCAACAUCUUUCAGGUCGGAAUCGCACUCAUGGCAGGUCCUCGCUUCGCACUCGUCUUCCUCUCGGCACUGCUUGUCUCGCUCUCGACUCCCUCUCGAUCACCGAAAGCAUCAAUAUUGCUCUUCGUCGGUGUGCUCAGGACAUUAGCAUGCGGAGGAUGGGUCUAUGUGACAAGCACAGACGAUCACAUGUUCCAUGACAUUGCCAUGUUCGUCUACCUUGCACUCACACCGCCGUGGAUGUUCAUCACUAGCGGAAGCUUGGCACAGCCUUCCAUCAGCAGCCGAGCAGCUCCUUCGGAUGACGCGCUCGCUGCCAAGGCAAGACGUACUCGCAGGAUAGCCGCCUUCUCUUUCUUUGGCUGCACGCCUUUCAUGGGCUACUUCUUUUACCGCCAUAACGCCCUUCGCAUCCCAGGCGCCUACUCGUACUAUUCUUACUUUGAGUGGGGUCUAAUCAUCUUCGAUCUUCUCUUUGACGCUGCAAGCGUGUACGAUCUUUCCCGCUUUGAGAUCCAUGUCGUCGAAGCAACAAAGCCAGAGGCUCCAGCGAGCAACACGUCGAAUCAACGCGCAGCAUACGGGCCGCAAGGUCGUCGCCUCAUCGACGGCGCUUGGGUUCGUGGAGGCAGAAGUCAAGCCAUCACCUCUGGCGCCUGGUCAGCUUCUCCCAUUGAUGCUCAUAUAGACGGAACAUCAAGGUCGUCAAAGAAGGCAGCAGAAGAGGUUGAUGAGGCAGCAGAUGACCUGUUUAGCAACAGCGCGCUGCCUCCCACAAGCCCAACAAGCCUUCGAGCCAUCGUCUCACUCGUCUCGGAUAGCUAUCUGGCAUUCUGCUUCUGGACAGCUCUGACAGCGCUUCAUCCGAUGAUCUUCUACUUCAGCGUAUACAACCUUGCCAUCGGCGGUCAUGAGGUCUUGCUGGUUUCACAGGUGAUUGGUCUUGGACUGACGCUUGCAGUGCCAGCUCUCCGCUCUCGCGUUCGUCGGCAGAUAGCUGGCGGUGCAUCAAUUGUCGGUCCGGUCUCAUCUCAGGCCAAAGCCCUCGGUUGGCUGCUAUCGCUUGUAGGUCAGGCAAGCUGGUGCAUUGCUGAUCCUCUCGUUCGACUCCUUGCUGUCGCCUUCUCCAACGCGUUGCUUGCCGUCCUACUGGCACUCGAGUGGGGAGCUGCAUGGGAAGCCGACCAGCUGCCGGUCAAGAUUGGCAUCUGGCUCGUUGGCUUGCUUGCCUCGAAUCUUGCCAAGUAUGCCAACCACAGCAACAAUCCAGCUUGGCCCUUUAUGGACUCGACCAACGGCGGCCAUAACGUCCUCCUACUCUCACUGGCUGUUGUUGCUGUCGUUGAGACUGCUUUGAGACACAAAUACGAUCGAUUGUCCGUCGUGCAGCGACGUCAGGGAGCAAGAGACGACGCCCAAGGCAGCUUCUGGCUUGCGACGCUCGGUUCCGGCGCUCUGCUCUACUCGAUCCACACCUUCCUUACAGACACAGGCACCAUGAUUGCAUGGGGCUGGACCGGGUAUCCCAUCAAAGGUCUCAUGGCUAUUCCGCACGGCUGUAUCAUCCUUAUCAUGAUGGCCUUCUCAUCGCUCGCUGCGACACGUUGGACCACCUUUGGCUACCGUCUGACCCUGUUUCUCGUCCAAUGUGGCUCGGCCGCGCUGCUCUACUUCGCCGUCGACUGGAACAGCUUCAUCGGCGCAGUUGGCAUGGCCCUCAGCCUCCCGCCUCUGGCAUUCCCCAUCAUCUCGGGGGCAAUGCGACACGAUCCCAUUAAGGUGAUGCUAUGCGGAUGGCUCGUCGCCAAUGUGCUUACCUUCCUGGGUGUCCUGACCGUCGCGUAUGCCUUUGUGCCAGGCGGAAAGGUAAUGCGAGAGAGGACAGGUUUCAUGCUCGUGAUCCAGCUGGUUCUGCUAGGUUUCGGUCUCGUCAACGCACGUCGUGUCGACCUCGCACGCCUCAACGCCAAGCAGCCUAAGGGCAACAAGCCAACCUCAGCCGCUUCUACGGACAGCAAGACCGCAAAAGCAGAAGACGCAAGCAAAAUGGCUCGAUCAGGAUCGACGUACUACAUCUGCUUGCUGAUGGCUCUGAUCGGUCUGGUCGGCAACUUGGUCCCGUUGUAUCGCAUCGUGCCAGCCUCGUCUAUCGUCCCGCAUCAUCCUGAACACCGCUUAGUGACGGCAGGGAUGUGGACAGUCCAUUUUGCAUUGGAUCAGCACAUGCGCGAUAGCUCGCGUCGAAUGGCGUCCAUUAUGAAGACACUCGAUAUGGACCUCUUCGGCCUGGUCGAAUCUGACCUUCACCGUCCAGUCUUUGGCAACCGUGAUCUCACACAGUAUCUCGCUGAAGACCUCAAAAUGUACACUGACAUCGGCCCAGCUCCAAGCAAGAAUACAUGGGGAGCAGCGCUCUUCUCCAAGUUUCCGAUCAUCAACUCGACCCACCAUCUGCUUCCGUCUCCAGGCGGAGAGCUUGCACCAGCCAUUCACGCAGUCAUCGAUCUCUACGGCACUCCUACACAUGUGGUUGUAUCACACAACGGACAGGAAGAAGAUCCGCUCGAUCGCGAAUUGCAAACGACUGAAAUCGCACGCAUCUUCCGCGAAGCUUACCCUCACCCGGCCAUCUUUCUUGGCUACGUGGUGACAAAACCACACGCAGAGAGACCGUCGCCAUACAAGAUCCUGUUCGAGGACGGAAACAUCCAAGAUGUAGAGCCGACAGAUUUUGGAAGGUGGUGCGAGUACUUAGGUUUCCGAGGCCUCGAGAGGAUAUCCUAUGUGAGAGUUUCAAGGUAUACAGUUACGGAUACAGAGUUGCAGACGAUGAAGCUUGUUGUGCCAAAGGAGCCUAUCAGUGCGGACCACAACGAGUUGACACGCUUUGUGAUUGCGGAAACAUACCCUGAAGAGAUGCGAUAUCCAACAUCGCUCAUUGAUCCGGACGCAUACGUGUACGACAAACACAUGUACUCGCCCUAUCCUUGGCCUAUCUAUUACGGUCGCGAGAUUCCUGACUUUUGA